AUGCACGUAUCAUCUCGACCUCUUCCGAACUCGGCCUCUUCCGAACUCGGCAUGCACCUCUCAAUUCACCGAAUGCACGUUGGAACGGAUCGUGCUCACCACUAUGCCACCCUUACACAGAAUCCACCUCCAGAGUUGAAUUUCGCCAUUACAUUCGAAGCACCUAACCUCGCGCUAUCUGAAACCCGCACAUCAACACAUCACUCGUACAAGAAUGGCCACAGUGGCACGGCGUUCGACGAAUAUCAGACCUGUAGAGAAAGGAGGAGUGAGUGUUUCAUUCGGUUGAUGAAAUACGACUAUGAACGAUGGAAGGCAAAAAAGACGACAGCGCUAUAUUUCUCGAUUGCGCUUGGGCUUACGAUGCUCAUCUCUGAUGGCGAAUUAGGACCAACAAGAUUUAAGAAUGGCCCCAAUCGCUGCCAUCGUUCACCAACACCUAUCAACGUGUUUAAUCGAAUCUUUCAGCGCAAAACGAAGACUAGAAUUCAAGUCUAUGAAAAGUCUAUGAAUAGAGCGUUGGGGCAGUCUACACCGUCCAUACAAGCUGCGAUGCGUCAGUGGAGAUUGUCACACUAUUCUACCGCAGCUGAGUUCGAUUGA